AUGGCGGGACUCCCUCCCCUCUGGAAGUAUAAAGUGAUUAUUGUUUCUCAUAACUUUUUAUUUCAUAUUAUUUCUCUCACUCUUCAUAUUCAUGCUAUGGUGUGGCUGUAGAGGCCGUAACACGUUAACCCUUUCUGUGCUGGGGGGGUGGGAGCAUGGGGGGGCAGGGUUGAACACCCCCCUCACUCCCCCCCCUUUCUGGUACUUUAAGGGUUAAACCCCAUCCUUCCCUUUACUGAGUAAUGUGGUAUAUAAUAUAAUAUCAAAAUAUCUGUGUGUACAUAUAUGAAAUUUUUUAGGAGAGCUGGCACUCGCCUCCCCGAAGAGCAAAAAUUAAUUAAAGCCUAAGUGCAGUGCUUCAUUAAUACUUUUUAAUAUUUUUUUUAAUUCUUGUAAAGCGCUUCGGGGUAAGUUGGCGCUAUAUAAACACCAACCGUAAAAUAGGGCGCACUCACCCUGGAAGUGUUCCGAACAAACUAUGUAUUUAUUCACAAAGAGAAAUGUAAAUUUUUAUUUAUUUAUUUUGUUUUGGGACGUUUUGACCCGUUAGGGUCUUUCUGAAGAUAAACAGUGAAACAAUCAAAAAAUAUAUAUAUAAUGUAUGUGUGAAUAACUUCAGAUUUGUUUGGAAGACCCCUGAGUGCACUCUACUUAAAAAUAUUAGAUAUUCUUUAUUGCCCCCCCCUGUCAUACCACAAGAAUGUUUCGGGGAUAAUUCUUUUUUGGCCUCGUUGAUGGGCUAACUUGUGGCACUCUAGCUAUUAUGGCAAUUUAUAUUUUUACUGUUGGUAAUGCCAUGCUGACUGCGUGAUAAAGUCCACAACAAGUUGAGGGAUGGCUACCACUAGUCUGUUGCCUGAUAUGAAACUAAAGUCAAUAUCCAUUACGAUCAUUUUAUCUAUAUUGAUAUGUAUUUUUUCUGCCAUGCUAAAAAAAAAUUCUUAAAAUAAGCUUUUGUUUUUGUGCACAAAUUAAAUUAAACACUUAACAGAUUUACUGAUUAGUACUAAAAUUACAGAAAUACCUGCAAUUGCAUAUUGGCAAAAAGUAAAGGCUUCAUUAUUAAGAGGAUGUCGUUAAUCUAUAUAUUUCUAAUUUAUUUUGCAGUCUCAUAAUUUAGAAUGAUGCUAGAAUUCACAAAUAAUUCAAAAUAACUUAAGUUUGUCGAUUUAUCAAAUAUUGUGGUUUUUAAAUAGAAUAAUCUUUUAUUUGCCGACACAAGCGUAUGAAGACUUAUAUGUAAUUCCUUCCUGUUUGAUGUUAUAGUAAAUAUACAUUGUUUUCUAAAAUGUUCAGCAGGCAGUCGGUUUUAGUGUAACUGUCUGUUUUGUGUAAUCGUUGGGUUUGCUCGUGUUAAGUAAAGGCUCAAUGCUGAAACAUGCUAUACAAUGGGACCCAAAAGGUAGAUCAGCAGAUGUUAUAAACCUACAACUUCCAUGAUGCUUUACAUUUAUUUAGAAUGCUUUUAGAAUGGCAAAGCAUUGUGGAAGCUGUCGUUUCAAAACAUCUGGGGAUCUACCUUUUGGGCACCCCUGCUAUACACAGUGGUAGCUGCUUUAUCUACUAUUAAGAGUGAAGCAGACUUGUCAUUCUUCUGUUUACAUGAGAAACAAUUGGAAUAUCACAUGGUUUGAAAGCAUUUUACAGUUUAGAUCAGAGGUUCUUAAAGGGGUAGUCAACUCAAUUUACUUCCUGACUUCUACACAUACUUAUCACACCAGUGUGAGUCUGAUAUAUAAUAAUGGUUGUUUUCAAAGCCAAUAGCGAAUGUCCUACAGAUCAAUAAAGAAGUUGAACCUCCCAGUUUUAUUUUUUAUAGGACUUUAGCAAUAUAUCACUAAAGAGAAAAUCUGAAUCAUUAAUAUGCAGGAGCAUACACUGACUCUGACUUUAAUGAAACGCCAAUGUUUUGUAGAUAAACACUUCCCAAUUCCAUUACAUUGGGAAAGCAGUGUUGCCAACUUAAACAAUUUAUUGUGAGCAGUUGCUGGAACUUGACAUUCAGUGUUUCCAUCCGUUUAACAUUUACUACAAAUUGCAUAAGAACAGUUUUAAAUUACAAUUAGUUUUAGAUUGUGUUCAGGUGCUAAUUUUUGUUUGUGGAGUGGUUUUGCAGUUUUUUUGACCACCUAGAGCAAAUUGUUUCCAUAAUAAGUAAAUUUUUAAGGACCUUGCUUGCAUACAUGCAUCCACCUGCAUAUAAAAGAGUGCCAUGCAAAAUUAAUUAUGAAAAUGCUUGGAUUGUGCAUUGAUCUGUACCUACCAUUUAUCCACUUUCCAUCCCCAUUGAGGAGACCAGUACUGGGGAUAUGCACGUCUGUUUCAUGUCUCGCCCUACACAAACUUUUCUCACUUUAGAAAAAUAAAUAGAUCCCCUUUGAGCUGUGUCUCGUGCAUACAUGAAUGGCUGCCAUUAUAUUUAAUGUAGUUUACAUUAGUUUUUCACAUUCAAAUGUAUUGGAUUCAGGGGUUGACUUAGUCCCUCUACUUCCUAGACUUGAGAAUCUGUGCCCAAAUAAAUAUUUUUGUUCAUUAUUUUUAAGAAUACCAUAUCUAAAAUCCCCCACUGAUCUAAUGAUCUUUAAAAUAUGCUAUCUGUCAACUGAUAGGGAUGUAGAAGUGAGCCUAUGUAUCAGGGUACGUAUCCUCAAUGAAGACCGUUGUGACACUGGUCAGAUGGUGACUGCUCCACUUGCAUUAUGGUGGUUGCAGGGGAAAGCGUCCUCUUUAGCUCCUGACACUUAGUUGGAUGAAAGUACAACGCUGUCUCUGGAGAAUCCUGCAAGUCUGCUGAUUAUUUCAUAGAAAGAGCCCUUUUUUCCCUACAGCUAGUCUCUGGUGAUGUCUGUGGGCUUGUCAAGCGUUGGAAAAAUGUAUAAGAUAAAGUAGUCCCUAAUUUGUGUUAUAUCUUCUGACUGAGUUGGAAGGUCAGUGUAAUUUCAACUCAGUCUUUAGGAACAUUUUACAAAGACUGUAUUUUUGGGUUGGGACAAACAGGCAUUUUAUAGCAGAUCUGUCAUUUUUCAGUAUUUCAUAAAGAUAUAUUCUUUAUGAAUUACAGAUCAAGGCUGCGUUAGAGUUUCAUUGAAAUUCCAAUGUAAUCGAAAGAUACCAUAAGACCUCAAUGUUUCAACAGAAUAUAUUGAAGGUGUUUCGAUUUGAACCUCUCAAGUUUUCAAUUGCAUGCAUACAAGGAUAUUGGAAAUACACUAUAUGAAUAGUCUGUAAGGAAGCCUAGUGAUCUAAUUCUUGACUUGUUAUUCGCUGUCUUUUACUUUGACAAUCAAACAGUAUCUCUUUGGGUCAGUGGGCAUUCUAACACUUUUCUGCCCUGUGUUCAUUAGGUUGCUACUGUAAAUAUGUCUUACCCUCCGCAUCUGAACCGCCCUCCUAUGGGGAUCCCUGCUCUUCCUCCUGGGAUUCCACCCCCUCAGUUCCCAGGCUUUCCCCCACCACCAGGUAAGUUAACUUGGUCUGUAAUACAACUGCUUGAAUAUUUUUCCAUAAAGGAAAAUUAAACCAUUUAUAAUAGUUAAGAUUAGUGUUUUUCGUUGUUGAACUAAAGAACAUACAACCUGGCUACUCAAUAGGUCAGUCAUGACCGGAUUUGCUCAAUGUAACACAGGAACUGCACUCAAUCUUUCAAUCUUAGAACCAGGGUGCAACCAUAUCUGGGUUCAGCACCAAAUCCCAAAUAUAAUACUUCAAAAGAAAGGAUAAGGGCACUCCAAAGGUUCAAUUUCAGACAAUUUGUCACCAGAAUGUGCAAAACAACUUUUCGACCAGUGUGGUCCUUAUCAAUCUGAUAAAGACCACACUGGUCGAAACAUUGUUUUGCACAUUCUGGUGACAAAUUGUCUGAAAUUGAACCUUUGGAGUGCCCUUAUCCUUUCUUUUGCAGUAUGACUUGAUUUGCUGGCACAACAUUUUUUUCCCUCUGUGUAUUGGACAUAGCUCUCAUUAAGAAAAAAAAAGAGAAUCCAAGCAGGUGUUCUAACAAAGUUAGUUGUGUAAGGUGCAGUAGAAAGAAAGCUUCCGUUCAAUAAUGGCAAUUAUACAUACAAUCUGUUUUGUUUAUUUGGAUAAUCCAUGGAUAGUUCAACAUUGGCCUUCAUUGACUUAUUUUAUGGGGACUUUUUAUUUUUAAAUGUCCCAAAUAACUUGACUUUCCUAAAAUAUUGGAAGACUGGGAAAAUGCAUUAACUGCCUCUCUUCCAUAAAAUGUAGACCGCAGUUCUGAUUCACGUGCAAGACGAGUUCAUAUGCAAACAUUGUCUUUGAAAAAGACUGUAAAUACUAGUGCUCACUGAAUUUACAAAAAUAUAACAUAUACACUAUGGGGGGUCACUUAGAAAUUUCCUUUGUUUUGUUUUUUAAAAUAAAUAAAUAAUGAAAUAACACUAUUUCAAUUAGAAAUAUAGUGUAAACAUUAAUGUUGUAAAUUACUAUUGUAGAUGGAAACAGCUGAUUUUAAUGUAAUAUUUACAAAUGCGUACAGAGGCCCAUUAUCAGCAGCCAUCUAUCUUAUUUUCCAGUGGCACGUUAUCUUUACUAUCCCAAGUUUAUCACUGAUAGAUGAAAAUGUUACUUUGUGGACCUUUCCUCACUUAAUGUUUCUCAUGAUUAUUUUCUUUUGCUCGCUAUACUUUCUAUUGCUUUCCCUUUUUUUUUUUUUUUAAAGUGAAAUUAACAUUUCGUUUAGACCUUUUCCUUUUUCCUUUUGGUAGGGGAAAAAAAGCAAUUUUUUUAUUCUUGUGUUUUGUUUUCAGGGACACCAAUGAUUCCUGUACCAAUGGGUUUAAUGGCUCCUGGACCAACAGUAAGUCAGAAUACAGAAUAUAUCAGUAUUUAGCUAUUUGGGUUUGGGUUCAUCCUAUUAAAUUAGUGUAAAAAAAAAAAACCAAUCUUUAACAUAUACCAUCUCUUAAAGAGACAUUAUAGUCACCAAAACAACUUUAACUUAAAGGAACACUAUAGGGUCAGGAAUACACAUGUAUAUUCCUGACCUUAUAGUGCAGGGCUUGACAAAUUUGUCCUGGCACCUGGAAUUUGUGAGCAUGUUGAGCCCCCUGAGAGCAGAGACGGGCAGUCGGAUCACUAAGGGCUGAGGGAGACAGUCGGCUCAUUGAGACGUAAGGGAGGGUGACCGGGUCAUGGAGAGCUGUGAGAGGGAGGCGGGUGGCUGACAGAGGGAGUGGGGCGGCCGGCUCAUUUAUUGCUGAGGGUGGGGGCGGCCAGCCCAUGGAGAGCUGAGGGAGGCAGGCAGCUGACGGAGGGUGAGGCCGGGUAAUGGAGUGCAGAGGGAGGCGAGCGGACAAAUGACUUAAUGCUGUGCCGAGGGAGUUGUAAUCUCCCUGCUCUGCUCCCUCUCGCGGCUUGUAGUGAUGCUGGGAGCUGCGUUAUGACGUCACUCCCGCCCCCGGCUCACUAAACAGUGCGCGAGAGGGAGCUGAGUAGGGAGAUGACAGCAGCCUCACUGGACCCCAGGGAAAGUCUUAUCACUCCAGCUCUCCAGAAGUAAGGAGCCUGGGUGGAUUUACAUAAGUAAUUACUUGUAUGUCUGUGAGUUAGUGUGUGUCUGUAUGUCUGAGUGUAUCUGCAUGUCUGUGAGUGUUUUUACUCCCCUUUAUUUCCCCCACGCCAUGCUGAUGACGCUGCAGCUGGCCCCACCUCCAUGGCUGAGAUUUUCAAUCUCGACUAUCUCAGCCAAUCCAAUGCUUCCCCCAUAGGAAAGCAUUUGAAGACUAUUGCGCAUGCACGGCAAAAUGCCACUGCGCCAAUUUAACUUCUCAUAGAGGUGCAUUGAAUCAAUGCAUCUCUAUAGGGAACAUUAACGUAGGUGCUGCACAUUGUAAAGCACUGACCCAGGAAGCACUUCUAGAGGUAACUGCCUCAGGUAAGUCACUGAAGGGGUUUUGACCCCUUCAGCAACCGGGGAUGGGAGGUGGGAGGGGACCUGCAGUGCAAGGAAAACGAUUUGUCUUCCUGGAACUGGAGAGUCCCUUUAAGCAGUGAUACUGCUAGGGCAUGAUAUCUAUUACACCAAGACUGCUUCAUUAAGCUAAAGUUGCUUUGGUGACUCUAUAGCGUUACUUUAAUGCAAGUCCCUUUUAAUAUUAUGUUGUGUAUUGCCAUUUUUGAAUAAAUUAAUUGCCCGCCUUUCCCUUCUCCCCCUUUCUGGCAGCAAUCGUUAUGCAAUCUGAGUCAGUCAGUGCUUAUUAAUUUGCAGCCGCUGUUUUUCAAAACCAUGUUCCCUUUCAUGUGUGCAGUAUUUUCUUUCAGGGUAUUUUUAAAUAUGCAAUGGAUGGUUUCAAAAUAGUGAGUGCUGGCUGGGGUAAGCUACAAUCUGACCCAAGAUGCAUAAAUAAUGGCGGUCUGAUAAGAAAGCAGCCAACUUAAAAAAAAUAAUAGGAAGAGCAUAAAUAUUAUACUACGAUAUUGAAGUUUUUAGUGACCAUUAUCUCUUAAAACAGAACAUAAUGUGCAUUCCAUCUUAACAAGAAUGUUUGUUUUUUCUCCCAUCUCUCUUUCCAAAGGUUUUAGUACCGACAGUAUCCAUGGUUGGAAAACAUCUCGGACCUCGGAAAGACCUAAUGGGUCUAAAAAAUAAGGAAAAUGAUGAAAAUAGUGGUCCAACAACCACUGUUUUUGUAGGAAAUAUUUCAGAAAAGGCAUCUGACAUGCUCAUCAGGCAACUUCUAGCAGUAAGGAUUAUUUUGCAUUUUUGUGAUCUGCAUUGCUUCAUGUUCAAAAGCGAUCUAACUUGCCUAUACAUAUGACUUGGAAACGUGUAUAUAUCUUGUUUAUCCCAGGGUUUAAUAGCAAUGUACUGUGUAACAAGAUGACAUAGCCAACACCAGUAUAUGAAAGUGGGUGUGUAUUUAAAAUAAGCAUAUUCACCCUUUACAAAUAUAGGAGUACAAGAGUUUAAUAUUCUUAAAAAGUAUAUGACAAAUAAAAAGGAGAAUAUGUAUGGCAGUACACUGUGGUUUCAAUUUCCAAAUAUUGUGUAUAAAUCCAAAAGUGGUACACUCCCAUAACAGCGCCUAUAGAAGAUCUGCUCAAAUCUCUAGCGUUUGUGUAACUUAUAGGUGACAUACUCCCUCCUCUUGAUACUUGAGUAAAUAUGCCACAUUUCUACCAGCUAUACACACCUUGGCGCUGCAAUGUUUGAUAAAUUAUUUUGGAAAAAUUGCUCAUCCUCUGGUCAAAUGGGAAUCAUUGUUGAACAGCACUUUUACAGUUGGUUUGAGGUCUGGGAUUUGACUGGACCUUUCUGCAGCUUUUAUGUUCUUGGAUUUAAAUCGCCCUCUGUAGUUCGGGCUGUGUAUCUUAGGGUUAAUAGUUUGCCAGAGUGUAAACCUCCACACCAGUCCUGCACUUCUAGCAGACUGAAAGUUUUGACCAGUUUGUGUACCUUCAAAUGACAAGCAUCUUCACAAUAUGACUCUACCACCACCAUGCCUCACAUUUCUUUGUGCAAUACAUAAUUAUCUUGUGUCCAAAAGUAAAACACUUUCUGCUUAUUUGAUUUGUCCCCCAUUUACCUUUUGGUAAAUAGUAAAUGGAGUUUGGUGUAGAUUUUUAUUUUCUUUUGUCACAACAAAAUCGUGUUUUUUCAGAAUGCUAGGAAUGUUUAAGUCUAAUGGUAAAAAUCCAAAAGGUAUACAUAAUUCUGGGGGUGUAUUACCGAAGUAUAGAAACACUUUUAAAUGUGAUUAUUUUUUAUUUUUUUUGUUUGUUUGUUUUUUCUUUUUUUUUUUUAUAUUAUUGUAUAACUAUAGCCUGUUGCCCAUUUUUUCCAUGAGCAUUAGGCAGUGAAUAUUAACUUUACUGGCUCCAGUUAUGUGUGGAAAUAGACUUAUAGUCCCUAUUCAGUUUCAUAUGUGUUUUUUCUCUUUUUUUUUUUUUUCUUUAAGAAAUGUGGUUUGGUUUUGAGCUGGAAACGAGUGCAAGGAGCAUCUGGAAAACUUCAGGGUGUGUAUGAAUAUUAAACACAGUUUAACGCAGAACAAUUUCAGAUUCAUGUGCUGGGGAAGUUGUCUUCCUUCUCAAGUGUGUCACCAUAAAUAUUUACGUUGGAUUUUUUACAUUGUGGAUCUUCAUACAGGACAAUCCAUUGCCAAUUGUGGUCUUCGAUAAUUCUCUGAAAAUCACCCUCUUGGUGAAAUUUUUUUUUUUUUUUUAGUUAGCCCCUUCAGGCACUAUACUACUUGCACAGGUUAGGUUUCAGUCUGCCCUUGUCAUUGUCUUGUUUAUUGUAUUUUGCUAAAAUUGGUACCUCUGGUGCCUACUGUCUAAAGCAUACUUUUUCAAUUUUGAAACGGUCGCCACCCAAUUAAACCAUAUUCUCUUCACUGAUUCAAUUCCACUGAUGCAAUCCAAAAGAACUAUUACAAGUGCAAAUCCCCCAACCCCUACUCCAUGGUACCAGGGAAGUUUUGUCUGCAUUUCAGUUGAGCUAUAUUAAAAAAAAAAAAAAAAAUGCAUACACUGCUGCAGUGAGAUCCAUAUGAAAUUGCAGGAAUCCAUUAGGCCCAAUUUCUUUGUAUAUUUUUUCCAGUUAAUAUAUGGUAUAAGGAGUCAUACUGUAUGGAUCUGAGCAACUUCUUCAGGGAUACUAAGCUUGCAGGCUGUGAUAGUUAUUGUGUUGGUUCUCUAACCAUUUUCAUGCGCUUUCUCAGCAUUUGGAUUUUGUGAAUACAAGGAGCCAGAAUCUACCCUUCGAGCUUUACGCUUGCUUCAUGAUCUUGAGAUUGGGGAGAAAAAACUACUUGUGAAGGUUGAUGCCAAAACUAAAGCGCAACUAGAUGAAUGGAAAGCAAAUAAAAAAGCUUCAAAUGGGGUAUGUAUUCCAUUUUAUAGUACACAUAGUGCCAGCAAAUUCUGAUAUCUAUUUUCUUCUAUUUGUUGUGCUGGUGAUGUUUGAUUAUUAGAAUUUAAUGGAUUUCUAGUGAAUUAACAUAACCAUUAAGAGCAACAUUAGAAUUGGCAAAUGUUUCAACCAUUGAAGUUAGUCAAGUGUUUGGGAUUACUCACAGUUUAGUCUGCUCAUCUGUCUAUAAAUGGCUGAUUGUAAUUGGAUUGCCUUUCUUUCCUUACAAUGACCGCAAAUAUAUGCUGCAGGCAUACACACACACACACACACUCCCCAAUCCCAUCAAUUUAUUUUUACUAAGGAAAAGAUUUAACAUCCAUGAAGACGUCUUCCUGCAAUUUCAACAGAAUACAUAAAAAAAUACAUUUACAUUAGCAACCAAAAGCCAGUUCUACACCAAUAUUCUCCUCAGACUUAGUACAUAGUACAUUUAACUGCACACAGACAGCAUAAUUCCUUAAAUUGGCAUUUCUGUUGAACUAAAUUGACUAACGCUGCAUAUUUAAAGUAUGGUUCUUCCCACAUUACACACCCAGGUACUUAUUGCAAGUUUUAGAACAUUGUAUUAAUCCAUAGUCACUAAAGAUGAAAACAGUGGCUCUUGUGCAGCAAAAUUAUGGUUAUAGAACAGGGUUCUUAAUACCAGCCCUGUGACCCCCUAAUUCCCUUACUGUGACCCAGCACCAUCGAUCCCAGAAUUGAGGUAUGUCUGUAUACAUCGCUGUUGUGGUCUGCAUCAGAGCUGGAGUCACUCCUUUUACUUUCUAUGGUUAAGGAGGCUGUGGCCAGCUUUGGGCAGUGUUUACUUGCGCUUUAUGCUCUUACUAGCUUUAUUAGAAGGUUCCGGCAUUUAUCAGUCACGUACCGAAACUUCAGGAAUGAGUUUGGCUGGUGCACACAGGUCAGUGAAGCCUCUUCCAUCAAGUGUCAUAUGGAUUAUAUAAUUUACAUGUUCCAUACUGCCUGCAUUAGCUGAAAAUCACAUAUUAUUUUUUUUUUUUUUAAAGAAAUAUUGCUGUAAAAUCAACUGACUAAUCUUGUGUGGUUCUCAUGUCUGUAGACUGCCAAACCUGAAUCAGCAACUGAUGAGGAUGAUGACAUUGAUGAUGAGACAAAGAGAAGGGAUGGGAUUAUUAAAGGGGCUAUUGAAGUCCUAAUAAAGGAAUAUUCCAGUGAGCUAAAUGCCCCUUCUCUAGACUCAGAUUCUCACCCCCGAAAGAAAAAAAAGGAUAAAAAAGACGAGUUGUCAGUAAGUGGAGUUCUUAAAUUUUCUUGUGUACUGUCUUUGUUUAGUGUGCUAAGUGCUGGCUUGGGAUGGAUUUAUUAAGAAACAGCUCAUAAGUGGUUGAGCUUAUUAACCAGCUUGUAAGUAAGAACUUACAGGAUUUUUUUUCUUUAUAAAUCUAUCCCUGUGCGAAUAGAAUCCUGUAUCAAUAGGUGUGAACACUUUCUAGAGAUUACAGAAUUGAUGUUUGUAACUAGAGGUGGCCUCUCGUCUUUUAAUUUGUGAGUGAGAGGCCACCUCUAGUUGCGAAACAUUUAUGUAAAUGCAGUGCCAUUAUAAUCACUAUAAAAUUCGUACAUUAAUAAGUAUACUGUAUAGAUAUCUAUAUUUUCAAGGCAUCCCCCCGGGUUAAGGUCUUGAGUCCAAAACAGAAUUGGCAUUCAAUUCAAUGGCAUUGAAUAACCAUUGGCUAAUGGGGUCUUCUCCAUAGCUUAUUAUUGGCAUUUACAUAGAGCCAACUUAUUCUGCAGUCCUUUAAUAGCCCAAUCUUCCUGCCUCAUGUUCUCCUGUCCACCAGGCAGUCGCCAUUUGAAAAUGUUUCCAUUGUAAAUUUUUAUUUUUUACGGAUUUCCUUAGCUUUCAAUAAUUUGCCAUAGACCACAGAUAUGUAAUAAAUAGGCAGGUGGCACACUCUGCCUUACACCCACAUGCGAGGAACUGCCUGGUGCAUCAUGUCUCACCACUCUGGCAGCUAUCUGGUGAGUCUGUGCAAAAAUGCAAAUUGUUAAUAUUUUAUUGCAGCUCACAUUCAGAAUCUUGCGUUGUAGUGCAAUCUUUGUGUAACAAAGUGAAAUCAAAAUGGGAACAAUUUUUGUAUUGGCACAAGCUUUUAUAACACUUGGUUAACUAUCUGGGCAAAUCACAAUCCAUACAUUUCCUAGUGAUUAUAAUAGCAAACGUAUUUUCUGCUAUUUGCAAAACAAAGUGAGAACAGAAUAGUUGCUUCUUUAAAGAAAUAAAUGGUCUUAUAAUGUAAUCUUAAUAAAGGUGUUGUUGGCUUUGGAGUCCUCAGGCACUCUUACCUGAUGGUGUUAAACUGUUUUCAAAUGGGUUAACACAGAAAUUCUGUUCCCAGGAGCCCAUCACGCUGCCUUUGUCUUUUCCUUGGAGCCAUUGGCUUGGCACGGCCAAGGAGAGGAGGGAGGUGGUUUGUUGAGGGGCAUCCAGGAACAGAUGUUGGGUGGUUUAACACUGUAAAGUAUGAUGGUGCCCAGGGUAUCAAGGCCCCAUAACUUUUUGAGCUUCAUUUAUGGGUUUGCCCUUUCAAAUUAAAACAAUAAUUACAUGGUACAAUAAUGCAAAUAAAAGGAGAUAAUGAAAAGUGUUUGUCUGUAUAGUCAGUCACACUGAAGGGUCUGGUAACCGUGCCUUCUUGGUUAUAUAUAUAUUUUUAUUUUUUAAUGUCCUGGACCUUGCUUACCUAAGUGUAUGUAUAUUCUAACAGCUCUUAGCAGUCUGUUUAUAAUUGAACAUUUUGUGAGGUAUUCUAUAAUUCAGUUUUGUGUGUUCUACAAGUACAGAAGAGUGUAUAUUUUCAGCAAUUUUGUUCUAAAUCUGUGUGCUCGUAUUCCCUUAAGUACGUGAAAAGGUUGCCGGGUCUAGCAAGCUAUUAACAUAGCAGGGGAUAAGAAAAUCUUAAUUAAACAGAACUUGCAAUAAAGAAAGCUUAAAUAGGGCUCUCUUUACAGGAAGUGUUUAUGGAAGGCUGUGCAAGUCACAUGCAGGGAGGUGUGACUAGGGUUCAUAAACAAAGGGAUUUAACUCCUAAAUGGCAGAGGAUUGAGCAGUGAGGCUGCAGGGGCAUGUUCUAUACACCAAAACUGCUUCAUUAAGCUAAAGUUGUUCAGGUUACUAUAGUGUCCCUUUAAAUAAAGGCAGCACACCUAAAGGAUAGGGCUCCCUCACAGGCCAUAUAGGUAUAAGGAAGGAGAGAAAUGUGGUGCCACAGAGAUAAUAAAAUGAAAUAAAAGCAAGUAGUAAUAUAGAAAUAAACAAUGACAUAUACAGAGAGAACAAUAAAAAGAAAGAAAUAUAUAAAUAUAAAAAUUGUAUGUAUGUCAGUCCAAAAAGAGUUCAGUAAAACCUUUUGAAUGAGCGAACAAUCGCAGUUCUAUCGGAGGUAGACGUCUAUGGAGUAGAGGGAUCCCUAUGAGAGAAAAGAAAAUCUAAUAGUGCAUUAAAACCCAAAUAGGUAGCUGAUCAGAGGUCUAUAUGGUCCUACUCACUUUUUUGAGAGCUAAAAACUAGCUCUAGUAUAAACAGCGUACAGUGGUAUAAUCCCCACUUAUGGCAUACGUGAGGGAGUGUUGUAAGUAGAUAUCUCGUCAGAUGGGGACCAUAUGUAAUAUAUAAAAAAACAAUAGUGCUCACUGUGAUAAAACCAGGAGAGUGUAUAAAAAUACCAAAUGGUAACUCAUAUUUGAUUGGGCAGACGCACUGCUCAAUGAUAGGGCGUAAGUGGUAUAAUCCCCACCAAGGAUGCUUUGGCAUAGUCUCUCUCUGGAACAAGUAAAACUCAGAUGCCAGGUAGUAAAAUAAUAAAAUGGUUAAAAAAGAAGAUAAAAUGGCUAACUCACAACAAAGAAAAUUGCCAAAAUACCUUUAUUAAAAUAGUUAAAAUUUCCACAACCCGUUUCUCCCCUUAAGGCUUUCUCAAGUGGAUAAAAAACACUACAUAUAGAACAGUCCAAAAAGAUUGUUCUCUCUCUGUAUUAAUGUCAUUUUUUUUUUCUAUAUUACUACUUGCUUAUAUUUCAUUUUAUUAUCUCUCUGGCACCACCUUUUUCAUAUUCCCUUAAGGACUGUUAUUGACGUGCCAUCGUUAAAUAUGGUGUUUAAAAAUCCCAUUAGAAAAGAGAAUAACUUGCAGAUUUAAAGACGGUAGGGUUGCAAAGUAAUGUCAAUGUUUUAUAGGCAGGAUAACUCAUGUUGGCAAUAAGCUCUGUAUGGACCAGUAUGUGUUGGUGACAGGAAAUUCCAUUGACCCCCUAAGUGAAUAUAUUUAAGUGUAUAAUUUUAUAAUGGACUAUUGCAGUACCCUGUGAUACCUUUCCUGUUGGAAGGCCAAACAAACCUCUCCUGGAAGCUUGUUCCAGAAAUACAAAUACCUCAAUCCUCCAUUAUUUUCUGUCCGCCUUAAUCUCUGUGGCAAUGCAUAGUUUAAAAAAAAAUUUUUUUCCCCCUUUAACGUCAAGUUUCAUACAGAUUUUGCACAGUUGUAUAUUAUAGUGUGUAUUUAACAGUUGCUUUUUUAAAAACUCUGAUCUGCUCUCUAAUGUGUGUACUGUUAUAUGUAUUGGCUUUCUGCGUGUGAACUGUGGAUUUUCAUGAAUGCGCUUUAAUUCCAGUGUAACACAAGGCUUGAUGUUGUGCAUGAUCGAGGUUUCCGCAACGAUAAAUCCAUAUCAGAAAUGUUUUUACUGCAGGAGGAUAUAAAUGCAAUAGAAAUGGAGGAAGAUAAGAGGGACUUGAUUUCCCGAGAAAUCAGCAAAUUCAGGGAUACGCACAAGGUAGUCUUUCUGUUUUAUCUUUCCCCUGUACAAGAGUAACUUUCUACAGAAUCACAUAGCUUGUAACAUACUGAGCACUCCAAUGUCAGAAGAUCUAUAAUAAAAUCAUUGCAAUAAACCAAUCAUUCCAGUGGCUCAGGCACUACACCAGCUAUGGUCAACCUUUGACCCUGCAUUGCUCUUUAAACUGCCAUAACCCUCAAUCUUUAGUCUCUCUGUGUGGCUAAGGAUUCUGAGACUUGUAGCAGCUGCCGAGCCAGAGGUUGACUCUUACUGCACGCCCAUUAAUUUUUCUGUAAUGUGAAGAAAUGAGAAAUUCUGAGCUGACCAGUCAGCACUUAAUUCUGUCUUCCUUAUUUUUUUAACAAAUGUUUUCACCUGUCACCUUUUUACAUUUGAAACUGAUUGCAACCCAGAACCCUUAGUGUUUCUAAUACGUUUUACCCGUGUCUAGUAUAACUGCUCCUCACUUUGCCAUAUAAUCAAGUGGAGUAAAAUAUCUUCAUUCACACGUGCUUUUAGAAAAGCCUAAUAGAUAAGUGGUUACCACAUGUGCCACAGUUAAGAUGCAUGGACAAAUUGUAAUUCCCUUUAAACCUAAUCUAUUCAUUGAACCCCACCAUUAUGAUAGAGAUCAUAUGGUGACUAAUGCAAGAUGAAUCUCACAGCUUGGAAAGUAACAUGGAAUACAAUGUAAGUAUGAGCUCCUGUUUUUUUACUAUAUAUUUCGGAUACCCCCUCUGAAAAAUAUGCAAAGGGGCAACUGGCUUGAUCAGCAUUUUGCCAUCUAGUAUGUCUACCAGUAACUUUCUUUGCAGAGCUGGUUGUGUCUUUUUUUUUUUUGGUCAAGUCCCUGUUUUGGCUGUGUUUUAAGCCUCCUUUCUGACGCUACACAGUCCACCUUUGCAGAUGGUGCAAAUAUUUGCUCCCUUCACAGUAGCCAUAAGUGCCACCAAUUUGGUUUUGAGGAAGCUACGACUGCUUUGUUUCUUUCAAAAAGAUUGUGCCAAUAUUCAGUGACACUUUUAAUACUUUAAGCCAUCGUAUUAAAAGUCCGAAUGGUAUUUCCUUGGUAGUUCUGUUGUAACAUUUCUUUUUGACAGACCUAUCUAUUUGGGUGUUUUUAGAUUAUUUGGGGUACACUAAAAUAGCUAAAAACUGGCUUCAGUGUCCUACAUGUCUUUGACAAUCUUUUUGAAGAAGGUUCUAUAUAGUACAUGAAUUUGCCAUAAUUACUUGGCCCAUGUGGUUUUGCCAGAACUGGACAGUGGAGCACAGUAAACCUUUGCGUGUUUUGGUAGGAUUUUCUAAAUUAACACUGCAGCCACCUUCUGGCUGUCAGGGUAACAGCAAUGUAGGGGGUGUCCAUUUUCAGCACUGAUGAUUCUGAAGACCAUAAGGUAAGCAAUUCACGUUUCUACCAUCUUAAUUUUCACAUAUUCUCUCUCUGAUUUCCCUCUUGUCUUCUCACCUCUGUGUCAAAGUGCAGUAAAAUUGAUAUUUAUUUGUUCUUCCCAUAAAUCAAAAGAGCUUCAUAGCACAUGGAUUAUGAAAUGUCCCCUGUGUAUUUUAACUGGUGGAUGAGCACAUUGUAAAAAUUACUUUUUACUUCUUUAGAGAUCAAGAUUUUUAAAUUGUCCCUUUUAAGUAAAAUAUUUUGGACAUUCAGGAGAGUAUUGUAAGUAUUACACUUGUGCAGAUAAACAUUUCUUUUAUAAUCUUUCAAAGGAGGUAAGUUGUGGAUUACGUCUCUUCCACCAAGUCAAUAGCGCAGUUCUGUUUUCUCCUGUCCCUAUAAACAUUUCCCCCCUCUGUGCUUUCUUGUCUGUCUCAGUACCCAGCACACACAUCCCUUUGCUAAACCCUCCUGCAUUGAUGCUCACACGUUUCCUUAUACAUUAUCUCUUUAAUUACACCCUGUCACACUCUGACCUCUACAUCCUGGAAUUCGGGUGCUGUUGUUGCCAGGUAAGAUGGCUUUUAAAGUUGACUUUUUUUCUUAAUUGUAUUGUUAAAGAAGAAAAUAAACUUGCACUGUAUGUACUGCUGCAGUUGACACUUAAUCUUCACUUCAAACAAUGGUGUAUAUAUGUGACAUUGAAGGGAAUUUAAUGUGUUUUAUCAUCUAUACAUGCCAUGCAGUAUAAACCGUGUGCUACUUGGGCAUAUGUGAGCCUAACAUGGUGUUGGUGUUGUUUUGUCUUGAACAAUGUACUUGCUCUUCCUCCCAGAAUCAUAGCAUGUAGGCAAAGUAAAUCCAGUGUUGGCGGUCCAUGUCCUAGUACAACAUCUGUAAGUUAAUUCAAAACAAUUGCUAACGAGGAUGAUCUGUGGAUGUUUUAAUUCCAGUGUGUUCAAGGUACUCUGGGUGUAGACACUUUUUUUUUUUUUUUUUUUUCUCUUUAUAUUUCAUUUUAAAAUAAUUUUCUGCCCAUUGCAGUGAAAUUUGAUAUUGUUACCCCCUUGCAAAAUUUAUGUAUUCAGUGUUUUUUUUGUUAUAUCUUCAUGCCCAUAUGAUAUAGUUCAUUGUAACAGUGAUGACCCACCUAAAUGUUUGUUCUAGGCAAACUGCAGUGCUAUGAGGUCCUUCUAAUGACCAGUGCAUUGUUACAUGAUUCAUCUUUAUUAAAGCUGCAUUGAAUUAUAAACUUGCACUUGGUACCUUCUAAACCCAAGUCUUCCGAGCUUAAAGUAAACACCUGGCCUCUGUCUUAUAUACUUCCCAGUACCACAAAGACUUAUCCAAAUAGUACUUAUUUUUAUAUAUUUUUUUUUUAUUCUUUCCUUGGCAUCAGUCCAUUGUAGUUCCAUAUUUAGUAGCAAGGUGUAUUAGAUGGCUAAAAUGAUACACCUGUCUUCCUUGUUGGAUGUAAUCAAGAGAUUUUUGAGAUCAGAACUUCUGACAGAUCUCACAUGAAAUGUUACUCUGACCUCUUUAAAUGCCAUGGUUGGAGAUUAGUGGUCUUUCCAGAUAUGUACUUCUUGCACGAAAAUUAGUCUUGUGCCUUUAUUUUUUUUGCUACACCUAUUUGUACUCUUUGCUGUUUUUAUUUGUUUAGUUUUUUCUUUUCUUUUUUAAAUUUUUUUUCUUUUGAGAAAAAUGUCUUUUUAUACGUGAUAUUAACACCGCCAUUCUGUUGGUUUUCUAGAAACUGGAGGAGGAGAAAGGCAAAAAAGAAAAGGAGAGGCAAGAAAUAGAGAAGGAACGCAGAGAGCGAGAGAGGGAACGAGAGCGAGAAAGAAGGGAGCGAGAUCGUGAAAGGGAAAAGGAACGAGAGAAGGAGAAAGAAAGAGAGCGGGACCGUGACAGGAUAAAAGACCGCGACAGAGACAGAGACCGGGAUAGAGACAGAGAUCGUGAUAAGGACAGAGACCGAGCAAGAGACCACAGUAAAGACAGGAGUCGAUCAAGGUUUGUAAUGUGAUGCAAAAUGUUAAAGAAAGCAGAUGUUACUUUAGCAUCUUCACACUGGGAUAAUAUCUUAUGUGCACUUUAAUUUUAUAUAGUAAUGCAUGAGCCCGUUGUGAACGUAGACAUCAAAGACUGAUACAUGAUAAAAUAAAAAAAAAGGGUUUGACUUAAACCAGAUUGACUGCAGCCAUUGCUUAUUACACCGUAACAACUAGAAACAAAAAGUUGUCGAAUACAGCGCUCAUAGUAUUAGCAGUAUCUUCAUUCCUUAUUGUGUAGUUGGUCCUACUUUGUUGUAUAUUUCAAAUCUCAUUUUAAGACGCCAAGUUUUUAAAUGUAACCUUUUCAAUGUUUAACAAAAUUAAGAAAGCAGCAUUUCAUGUUUUUCUAUUUGAUUCUUACAAGAUAAAGCCUCUAAUUGGCUGUUCUUCUGUCGCCUACUAUUGGCGAGCCUUAAUCUGUGUUGAACUGCAUUGGAUUCUCACAUAAGCUGUGUCAAGGAAACUAGUUCAUUAAGUGUAAUCGCAACACACAUUUUCUUCUGUACCACUAAAGGACAAACAUGUAUUCAUGACCCUAUAGUGCUAAAAAAAACAGCAUUUAGGUGGCCUGUCCGUCCUGUCACCCCUCCCCCCUUUUCAGAGCUGUGUGUGUCUGCUGGCGCAGGCUCCACUCCCAAUCCGUCUCCUUUCCUAUAUUGAAAGCAUUGGAUUGGCUGAAAUCAUCAAGGAGGUGGGAUGGGGCGGAACCAAACGCCAGUUUGACUAAUCAGCACCUCCUCCUAGAGAUACAUUGAAUCAAUGCCUCUCUAUGAGGAAAGUUCAACAUCUUUAUGCACAGGAACACUGUGCAGCAUUGAACCAGGAAGCACAUCUAGUGGCCAUCUGGGGACUGGCCACUGGAGGUGUCCCUAGGUGGCAAUGUAAAUAUACUGCAUUUUCUCUGAAAAAGCAGUGUUUGCAUGAAAAUACCUUCAGUGAAUGAUUUUACUCACCAAAAUAACUACAUUAAGCUGUAGUUGUUCUGGUGACUAUACUGUCACUUUAAAUUUGUCCUAAAUAAGUAAUUUUCUUUGCUACAAAGCAUGAAGUCAGUUAGUAUAGUGAAAAUUAAAUCCAUUUUAAUGUUUGAGACAAAUAAUUGAUAUGUCAUGUAUAGUUUUCCCUCUCUUCUAGUAUACAUUACAAUGGAAAUGUGGCCGUGAUGUUUCAGUUCCUGCUUGGAUAUGCAUGCUUGUGAGGAUUUGUUUACGAGAGCUUUUCUUUUUAUGCUUUUGGCUUUUUCCUUUUACAGAGAGAAAAGCAGAGAUCGUGAUAGAGAGAGGGAGCGUGAGCGAGAGCGUGAAAGAGAGAGAGAACGGGACAGAGAAAGAGAUAGAGAAAAGGAUAAGAAGAGAGAUAGGGAGGAAGAUGAGGAAGAAGCGUAUGAGAGACGAAAGCUAGAAAGAAAACUGCGUGAGAAGGAAGCUGCAUAUCAAGAGGUAAUUAUUUGCAUUAAAGUUACUUUAAACACCAUGAGUGGUUUGAAGUGGUUAUUGUUCUUGGAGUAUGUGUUUCUUUCAUUAAGAAACACUGCACAUACAUAUUUGUUUUAUUAAGGGGUGUAACUCUACCUUCUGCAGAGUCAUUGGCCAUCCUGGAAAAAGUUUCAAAAUGGCUAACGUCCAAUUCACUGGUUGAGAGCGAUCAGCUGAUGCCUUCAGCCAUAGAAUGACUGGUGGCAUUGGCAAACCAUUGCAAAACAGUCUGCUCCAUUACUGGGGAAUGACACCACUGUAGUGCUUAUGAUGAGUAGAGUAACCUUUGAGUUUAGAAUGGUUUUCAACCUGAUAUAGGAAAAAUGUCAACAGUAGUACUCUAGGCUAAAGAGUCACCUCCACGUUAUACUGUCAAACGUGGGUGUAAGGACACUGAGAAGGGGAAAACAACUCGAGUAGCCUGCUCAAUUGGUUAGCUCCACCUCUCACGCUAAGCACCAUACCCACCUGUGAUAUUUUGCAUAGGUUGGUGCAAGGAGGGCGCCUCACAAUUGCUUUUAACUUAAUUGUUGCUGCUAUAAGCCCACCCAAUUGGAGACUGACAUCACAAAAGGCUGCUUUACUUCAGCCCCUGCUGGUUAAAUAUUUGCAUGGCUUCUAGUGUCAACGUUCCUGUGCCACAGUUAUGUGCAUGUUUGCACACUUGGCUUUGGUCCCCUUGAAACCUACCCUUUCUAAAGGGAUAAAACUUGUUUAGUUUUGAGCAGCAAUUUAUACAAUAAAGUCUAUUGCCUGCCUCGCGCAGUUUAAAGGGACACUUUUACCCAUUUGUAUAUAGUGCCAUUGCAUGUGAUACUCCUUACCCAUAAAGCAAGCUGAAGUACUUUUUCUAAGUGUGAAAAUUGCAGAGUGGUGUGGACCUUGUGCCGUAUGGCAGCUUGAACGAGCAGCUCUGCUGUGAUUAUUUCAUCAGCACAUACUCCAACAGAUGGGAGAAUUAAAAACACAUUUUGGCUCAAUUAUUUUCCAAAUGCGCAAAGGAGAUCAAAGAGGAAGUCAAAGCAGUGAGCCAGAGAGUGGAAGAGUUUGGAGAAAGUGGUGGAUGCCCACAGCCAAAUGGUGGAUUGUACUACAGACCCUGCUCAUGGAGCUAGAAGGGGCUAUGGAAGACCUGUCCAACCGGUCCCACUGCAACAACUUGCGCCUUCGAGGCUUUCCAGAGAAGGUCAGCGAGGGAGGCCUGUAAGAUUGGUGCUGGGGCUCCCCUGCUUACUAACUCCGAAAUACCAGACACCCUCUGGAUGUCUUCUAUAGAGCAAAUGCGAAACAUCUUACUUACAUUCCACUAUUACAGCACUAAAGGUAGCAUUUCUGCAUGGAGCAAGGGUCGCUGAACUAGAGUUCCUUAAUCAUUUUGGGUCGUUGUUGGGAUACAAGGUCAAUCUCCAUAAAUUCUGUAUUAUGCCUUUUAACAUGGGCGCCCAGGACGUGGUGCUGCUCCGGUCCAUUUAUGGUUUUUAUAUUUAACCCCUUAAGGACCAAACUUCUGGAAUAAAAGGGAAUCAUGACAUGUCGUGUCCUUAAGGGGUUAAACUUUUUUCAUUUGAUCUCUGGCCCCUUAACGUACGCCCUUAAAGCAAAUCUAGACCAUUGGAACUGUAAUCCAAUUUUCUGAAUGGGAUUGUGCAUUCUAUAAAAAUGAAUGUAAUGCUACACCUGCCAAGCCUACAGACCGCUACUGCUAAUUUCAUAUGGGGUAGAAAAAGACCUAGCAUAGCAAAGCAAAUUCUGUAACGCCCUAGACUUUGGGGAGGGCUGUGUAUCCACAAUUUAUACAUGUAUCAUGUGACAGGCCACAUGGCAAAUGUGGUACUUUGGCAUGACCCUCCAGAUGUGCGACACUGAGUGAAUCUUGAGUCUGUGUUGAUGGGUUUUGACCUGUCUCCAAUGACACUCAUAUUGUGGAACAGGAAGUUCCCUCCAGAUACGUUGGCUAGUGAAUUUGUAGGCUUUAAGAGAGCAAAGUUUCAAAGAAUGAAACAUUUGUACAGAAACUUAGAACUGGUGUCUUUUAAAGACUUAUCCCACUUCCAUCCAAAAUAUUUUUUCGGAAUAUACAACGUAAAGUUUUUACUUUACGAAGUGGGAUCAGACAGGCAGCAGCACAGAGCUCUACUUGUUUUUGAGAAGGGAAGAGGGCAGAGUGGUUUGACAUCACUAAUAUGUAACUCCAUCUGUUCAGAAACCACAUUAUGGGAAACACUGGUUAUAUUGAAACUAUUGGGUCUGGUUUUUUUGUUACAUGUAGUUUUAUUAGGUCUCCAGCUUUUCACUUCAGAAGACCUGGAGGGCGUUGGCAGCUCACUGCCUCUCCUGGUACUGCCCUUUCCAAAAUCCCAGGAGAAACCUACAAUGUCUAUAUAGCCUUAUGAUAUGUCUAAAGACUGGGGCGUUUCGUUAGACAUACAGACAUGUUAGAGGGCAGGAUGGCCACUGUGGUGGUCCACCUAUAGCGGGCUACUGGGUAGUCUUUUUGCCCAGUUAAUAAUGUCCACUUGAACAUGUCCUCUGCUGUUGUAACUUUCAUGUUAUGAUUUAUAUUUUAUUUUUGUACUGUUACAUUGUCAAAGGCGUACUAUAGGUGGUGAUCACGGUUUGUGUAAUUAAGUGCUUUGUUGGUGUCUGUCCUAAAUAAAGCAUUCAAAAAAAGUGAUGUAAAUUCCACAAAAAAAGAGUACAACAGCAUUGUUUUUGUUUUUUUGCAUUCUUAAAAUCAUGUUGCUUAUUGGUUUACAAGCUUCACCCCUUGUGGUUCGAUUUAUGUGUCUUUUGCAUUUGUGUUUUCAAGCUUUAUGUAAUUUUAAAACAAAAUUUCCCCCCCCAAAAGCGUUUGAAGAACUGGGAGAUAAGAGAGCGGAAAAAGGCCAGAGAAUAUGAGAAGGAAGCUGAACGGGAAGAAGAAAGGCGAAGGGACAUGGUUUGUAUAUUUUUUAUUCAUAUGUGUAACAUGUAUAAGUAAAGUAACCUUCUACGGUGGUGGUUUUAAUUUGAAUGUUUUUAUUUUUUAUUUGCUUUUACAUCAGGCCAAAGAAGCCAAAAGACUAAAAGAAUUUUUGGAGGAUUAUGAUGAUGAUCGAGAUGAUCCCAAAUAUUACAGGUAAAAAAAAAUUGUCCUGAAAUUAUUUUGUUAGCAAGUAUGCUCACAUUUAGAAGAGCUGAUGCAUAAUCGUUAUUUAUGAGAUUACUGCACUCAUGGUCUCUGUGCUUGUUCUGCUAUAUAUAUUUUAUUCAUAAAGUAUUCUGCAACUGGUCGUAACCACUCCUGGAUCAGGAGCACAGAAAAUCAUCUCCAUUAAUUCUGUUUGGACAGACCGUUCCUUGAAAAUAACUUUUACCUUUCAAUAUAUUUAACGUCUUGGUUACCACAAUGUAUAGAUUGAGAGAAUUAAAAGGAUUUAAGAGUCUCUUCUAGCGAGAACCUUUCUAAAGUGGUUAUGUCGGUUUUGAUAUUUUCUGGGUAUUUGCAAAAGAUCCCAAGGUGACCGUAUGUCUUGGUUUGCUGCAGCUUAGGGGGGAGAAGCAUACUGAAGAUAACACAUCAAUGAAGCUUUAACUCACAGAUGCUGUUAUUCUAUGAAGCUGCAAUUUCUGUUGUGUUUUAUCUUAGUCAAGCUAAAGAGAUGCUAGGAGUCACUAUAUGGCACAAUCUUCCACAGAACUACUAAAAUCCUUUCCCAUAGCUAGAAACAGCUGCAGGUAAUUGGUAGAAAUGUGUAUUUUGUAAGCUUGGGCUCUGGUUGUAAAGUGUAAUUCCUUUAACUUUAUGAAAUAUUCCAAAGUGACUGCCUCUUUAAGUAAUUUUUCAUUUUGGAUAUUAUCUGGUUCUCUGGUUAGAGAAUAAACAUAUUACAUUUAAUUGUUGUCAGGCAUUUCUGAUAGACUUGCCUGAAAGGAACACUAUAGUCACAAAAACAACUUUAGCUUAGUGAGGUGGUUUUGGUGUAUAGAUCAUGCCUCACUGCUCAAUUUUCUGCCAUUUCAGUGUUAAAUCUCUUUUUCUGUCUGGCCACCCCUCCCCUGGCUGUCACACAUGCAACCUGCAUGGAAAAAGUUGUUAACUUGCUUUAUAAGUUUUUAUCUUCUGCUGUGUAAUGUGAACUUUAAUCACACUCAGGAGGCUCCUGUAAUGUCUAACAAACUAUUAACAGUGUAGGAGAUAAAAAAAAAAAAACAACAAUAAUUAAGCAGACUGUAAGAAAUGAAGUAUAAACAUUAGAUCUCACUUUACAGGAAAUGUUUAGGAAGGCUGUGCACGUUACAUGCAAGGAGGUGUGACACAAAGUGAUUUAACUACUUAAUAGCAGAGAAUUGAAAAGGGGGACAGGUUCUAUAAACCGCUCCAAUGGGUCAAAGGUGUUUUGGUGUUUAGUGGGUGCUUUUAAAACUGCAAUGGAUUUUCUCAGGUAAUCACUUUAAAUUGAAUGGUAUGGUGUCUGAAUCUAGACCCUUUCUACAUUUUGUUUUCCUGAUAGCUCUCCCGGGAAUCCUGAUGUCUGUCAUGUAUUGUGCCAUGCCAGACACUGUGCUCAGCCAGUUGAGAGAGAAGCAUUUGUUUGGAGUUUCUUCUCUAUCUUGGAUGCAGCACUCUACAUGCAGAUACCAUAUUAGCUCAGUACCAAAAUAAGAUAAAGUUUUAAAGUAAACCUGUCUUCAUAGACCACAUUUUGUAGAUUACGUUACCAUUGAUACGUUGCAUUAUUUUAGAUUUUAUUAAAUUACACCUGCUCUGUCCACAUUGCUCAUUCGCGAUGUGCUACUCCCAGCUCACUGCCCUACUCCUAUAUUUUAGGAACUGCUUUGCAGGCACAUCAGUGCUUGCCAAAUCAGGAGGCAUCUCCCCAUAGAAUUCUAAGAACAGCUAGUUAUUUUAUUUAUUUUGUGAUUCCUUUAAAAGUAAAAAUGAUGUUUAGGAAUUCAUUUGAAGCACUUCAGCCCAGGGCAAUUCAUUUUUCAUAGGCUUCCCUAACGGAAAUCAAGAUUUUUUAGAGAAGUUUAAAAUGUCUAUUCUUGUAGAAAUAGGUGUAUGUUACAUGGUUCCAUUAAAUAUGUUGCAUUUAAUUUUUGUUUUUGUGGAAUGGAAGUCAGGGGGGUUGUUUUUGAUUAACUGUUUUUAGAAAUGUUAAAUCUACAGCUUUUCCGAUGCUGUACCAUAUUAUUUUGCACUUUUAAUGAUAUGUAUUGUUGUUCAAUAAUUACGAAGACCAAAAAUCUAAGGUGUUGAUUUAUUUCCCCUGGACUUGUUAAUGUGGAAAGGGAUUGUGAUAUGGUUUAAGAUUAGGUCGGCCAGUCAUGCAUUUUGCUUUACUAAAACAUUGACAACAGAAGCUAGUUAUAUUAAGAACUCUGCGAUGACUUGGACUUUAUGCAGCAACUUGUUUUUGGAAUGGUAUGGGCUCAAAAUUGUUAUGUAGUGUAUGACACCCGCCCUUCCUAUACAAAUUAAAAAUUUCUUGCAUUACGCAGGGGUAGUGCACUUCAGAAAAGAUUAAGGGAUCGAGAAAAGGAGAUUGAAGGAGAUGAACGUGACCGAAAACGCGAGAAAGAAGAACUUGAAGAAAUCAGACAGCGUUUGUUAGCAGAAGGCCACCCUGAUCCUGAUGCAGAGCUUCAGAGGGUGAGAUGUUUUUGUUUUUUUUCCCCCGCUUAACUAGUUAUAAAUGUUAUAGUUGGACACCAGUCAUAUUUUGUGAACUAGUUUGGCUUCCAUAUUUAUCUUAUAAGUUACUCAAUUGAAUAUGAAUGUAAAUAAAAAGAUUGUAUAAUCAGAGCUCAAAAAAAAUAGUGAGUAACUUACUUGAGACAGUAUGAGAAAGGUGUCAAGUCCGAAACGUUGGGAUUUUGGUCUCCUCUAAUAUUGCUGGGUUUAAGGAUUAUACUUAAUUUGCUCUGUUAGCACAUACAUCAACAAUUGCAUAAUAUGAUGUUAUCAUAUUAAUGCUAUGCACUUAAGCUGUGCUAAACUAAUUUUUGUACAUUGGUGUGUUAUGGUUUGAUUAUUAUAACGUUACAAUUCAUUAUGACAACAGUUUAAGCAAUAACAUUUUGUUCAGCUAUCCCAUCGUUUAUCCUAGUGAACCAUUAUGUUUCAUUACUGAAGAGAUGAUUUAAGAAAUCAUUAACAGAAGGCCAUGCUGAACCAGAUAAAAUUGUUUCAUUUGUUUUAAAGGGGUUCUGUCGCUUUUUCGAUUACUGAUGGAGACUUUGGAAUUUCACAGAAUUUCCGACCCAAUCCAAAGAUUCCAUAAGACAAACUAAUUCAUUCUUAUCAUAACAGAUGGAGCAGGAAGCAGAACGACGCCGGCAGCCCCCGCAGAUUAAACCACAGCCAGUAUAUGAGGAAGAAGAGGAGGAGAAACCAAUUAGAGAGGAGAAAGUAGAAGAACCUAUAGAAGAGGAAGAAGAACCGGAGCCAAAACCCUGCCUUAAACCUACCCUGAGGCCUAUCAGUUCUGCCCCCUCAGUUUCGUCUGCUAGUGGCAACGCGACCCCCAACUCUCCAGGAGACGAGUCUCCAUGUGGGAUUAUCAUCCCCCAUGAGAACUCACCAGAGCAGCAGCCUCAAGAGGAGUAUAGGCCAAAAAUAGGACUUAGCUUAAAAUUAGGUGAGUCUGAAAAUUAGUUUAUUCUGCACAUUAACUUUGCCUUUAUCAUAUAGGGCACAUCUUCCCUUCUAGACUUAUUGAUUUCUUCCCCGACAUGUGUGAUUUUUCCAGUAUUGCUUUUAUUUUCAAUGAGACUUACCAUAAUUUACAGCCAAUCAUAUUAGAACACACAACUUUUAAAGUGGCUUUAUUUAAUCUGUGGUCUCUUAACGCAAAUGUACAAAUAACUUGUUUUGUGACCUAGGAGCUUCCAGUAGUCCAAGUCAACCGAAUGCUGCAAAGAGGAAGAAGCUGCCUGUAGAUAGUGUUUUUAAUAAAUUUGAUGAUGAAGACAGUGAUGAGGUACCCCGGAAAAGGAAACUGGUGCCAUUGGAUUAUGGGGACGAUGACAAAUCCUCAGCCAAAAACAAUGUGAACACAGAAGAGAAACGCAAACAUAUCAAGAGUCUUAUAGAGAAAAUCCCCACUGCAAAGCCGGAGCUAUUUGCUUAUCCAUUGGACUGGUCAAUUGUGGACACUGUAAGUUGUUGUGCCCACCCUCCUCUGAAAAUACAGCUGUAUCAAACUGCUAAAUGAUUGGUUAGGAAGAAUACUGAUAAGUGCUAAUUAUGUAUAUAUCCAGCAUUAUAUAGCCUAUUUCAUGUAGGAUAGAGUAGAUGUUGGUUCCUAGGAAUGACCAGAAAAUGCAUAUCUGCAGAAUAUUUAAUUUGAGGUUUACCUUUCCUGAUAUUUAAAAAAUAUUCUUUUUUCGCUUAAUACCUCUGGCAUACAACAAAAGCCAAUUACCCACCAUUGUCUGAUGGAUGUCACUUUGUUGGCGACCCUGGUAGUCUGUAUGAUUGAAACGUUUUAGCAUGAUUGCAUUCGGCACAGGAUAAUGACCUGUAUAUCUACAAGUACAUAUUGCUUUAUUCUAGAGCAUUUCAUUUUUAAGAUUGUUUGUUUAAAAUGAUUCUACUUUAGAGGAUGCCUUUUGAAUACUUGCAUUAGGUUGAAUUACCUUUUCUUUUAUAUAUAAACUUUCAGACACUAAUGGAGCGAAGAAUAAGGCCGUGGAUUAACAAGAAAAUUAUAGAAUAUAUAGGUGAAGAAGAAGCCACAUUGGUUGAUUUUGUGUGUUCCAAGGUAAACCUGUUUUUUCUUUUUUCUUCCUGGCAGUGGGACAAUUUACAUUAAAAAUAACAGUGAUAAAAAGCAUAUCCUCAUCCUGGGUAAUUAUUUUUGCUAUCAAUAACCAUAAUGAUUGCCAUGCCAUUUCUGACCAUCUUUUUCUCUUCUAUUUUAGGUUAUGGCACACAGUUCCCCACAGAGCAUACUUGAUGAUGUCGCUAUGGUAACUUUUUUUUUUUUUUACAUUUAUUUUAGCUCUCAGCUUGUGAUACGCCAUAAUUAACUUAUUUUAUAAGUGGACUAGGCAUCCUCCUCUGUUCAGUCAACUUUCAGCUAUGUUAGAGCAUUAAAUGUACGAAUUUCUGUAUGAAAUCUUAUAUUUAAGGGACUUCAUAAAAUGUCACAUUUCGUGUCCUUAAAGUGAUUUCAUCUAUAUGGUUUGUUUACCAAACAGCUUACGAAUUUACACAGGCAGAUAUUGAGAACUUUGAUAGUUUUCCUUCUUCUGUGUGCACCUGACCCCCUCUACUCCAUGUCUAUCUGGAAUAAUUUGCUUUCCGAGUUGAGUGCAUAGGACACCAACUCAAUGUCAGACUGAACCUCAAUGAUAUUAGCUGUGUUGACAAUACAUUUUCUAGCUGUUUGGUUAACACUGUUUUAUAUAUUGAACAAUUAGGAAUUUCAAAAGCACAUGUCAUUUUAGUUAUUGUAUUUUGCAGCUCUGCUUUAGGGUUUGUAAUUCAUUGAGAUAUAAGUAAAAACAUAACAUGAAUGUAGUGUGUGUGGGGGCAGUUUGGUGUAGUGCCUUAAAUGUUCUUAGUUGUUGAAUAUGAAACCACAAGAAUGGUAGAAGGCACUACAUCUGUGUAGUAUGUAUUGGUCACUGAAAAGAGUGCACUUACACUUUGAGGAGCUAUUAUGUGGGGAUUAUACCACUCAAAAGAUGGUUAUUCUACGAUACAUGGUAGAGGGGCACAUAAUGAAAGAAUAAUACAAUACGGAGUAGUAUAUUCUGCAAUAGACUACUGUGAGAAGAAAUAGAUACACACUCACAUUUAUCAGAGCCCUAAAGUAGCUCAUAAAAUAGAGUGAAGUCAAAUGUGGAUGGUUCAGGUAUUCUGUGUGGAUAUGGAACAGAAAACAGAAAUUUAUAUUGCACACCAUUGAGAAAAAUGUGUUAAAAUAAAUGGAAAAUUACUUGAGUAAACAGUGCAAAUAUUGAUUGUAUAUUCCCCACCAAGUAAAUUGGAUCCAGAAGGCAGCUGGCCGCACAGGAAGGUCCAGGAUUAAUAAAAACAAAACAAUAUAUAUUCUUUAUUAAUAGUAAAAACACAGUAAAACACUAACACAUUUUGCCAGCUGAAUAGUGUUUAUUCACCCUAUUUAUUGAAUGUUUUAGAACACUAUUUGGUUGUGCUUGGUAUAGUGUCAGGAGUCUUAUAAUGAUAGUGGCAUUUAAUGGUUAGGUGACCAUUCUGUAAUCAGGAUAUAGCACAGCUUUAUGUAUGGCAGUGGUUUUAACAGGACGAGGAUUAAGUGCAAAAGGUGCUUCUCAGAUUUUCUCUGCAGUUUGACGGUCAGAAUAGAUAGGAUUAGUGCUAGUACAAUAAUCCUUAUGACCUUCAUGUGUUGGAGUGGUGUACUUAUAUCCUCUAUUUUUUUUUUACUAUUUAGGUGCUGGAUGAAGAAGCCGAAGUCUUUAUAGUGAAAAUGUGGCGAUUACUAAUAUAUGAAACGGAAGCAAAGAAGAUCGGUCUUGUGAAGUAAAUUUGAGCACAAUGGCUUAAUUUAUAAAUUCAAUGGCGUCAAGGGGAAUUAUCACUAAUAAAUGUUACAGCCACUGCCCACCUCCUGCAUGCAUGCACGCUCACUAACGUGAUGUUACUGUGUGUAGGAGUGGCAUAAUUAAAAAUAAAUCAGUUUACGAAGAUCCCUUCCUGACAUCUUCCCCUUUUUUUUUUCUUUUUUUUUGUACUCAACAGGAAUUUUUUACAAUUUUUCCUCCUCAUCUGUAUUAGCGAUGUCAAUGUUCUGAUGUGGUCUUUGUAACAUAUGUGUCCAUGUACUCAGCCUAACACAUUGGGAUCAAACGGGCGGGCUUAAUUUAGUCUUAAAGUACUGUUGUGUAGUCACAACAGUUGUAUGAGCUAAUCAAUUUGACCAAGUCCUACCUGUGCUGCUGAAUAUUUUUUAGUUUUCACAGACUUUAAGUGUUGCAUAGCACUCUAUAAUGGUAGUACGGAACACCAUGUGACUUUGGAUCGCAAAAAGCUUAUUGGUGUCGCUAACACAGUAGAGCCAUAAGAAAAUUCCUGUUUCUGUUUGAAAAUUUAGGAUGAUGCCUUAUGCCCAGGAAGGGGUCUAAAAUAUGUGCUCAGAAUUCAAAUUUCAUAUAUAUGUUUAUGGUUUAUAUUAUGGCACUUUUGCUCCAAGCAAAUAGAAUUUGGUAUUGGUCAAUGCCAAUAAGGUCGUGGCUCUAACAUUUUUGGUUUUCAUUUUUUUUUUAAAGUGAUUUAUUUUCCUUGUAAGGCUUUGCUGUGAACAGGGCAACUAAAACAUGAUUUUUAUGUUGCAGUUCCAAGUUGCAGCAAAGUUGUUAAUUGUCAUGGGACAUGUGAGAUCUGUAUAUUUUUUUAUGUAGAAAAUGUGAUUAUUCAUUUUUUUUUCCCUAUUUUUUUUUUUCCUUUUCUUUUCUUCUCCAGUUCUUCUGUCCCGUAUCUCUCCCUUAUUAAAGGCUCUCACUCAUCACCAAACUUGUCCACAAAGUAACCCAGUGUCUCAGCUGGAACGGUUUAAAAACUACAGCAAUUGUACAGUGGCUCCUUUGUGUUUUUGCCCAUCCGUGCUCUUGUAUAUAUUAAAAUCUCAACUUUUCGCUAUGUGUUUGCAUUUAAUGUUCAAUAUCUGUACAUCAAAAUACGUGUACUUGUUUUCUCACUUGUGAUCUUGGGGUUUAAAAAAAGAAUCUCAAACCUUCCUUUUUUUUUUUUUUUCUCCACUUUUUUUUUUGAGUGGUAUUGCAGCAAAAUGUAAGAUUUUAUGUAGGUGAGGAUACAACAGAACACACACAGCAGUUUAAUGGAACCAUAAUGUCCUGGAUGGUAUUCAUGGUGACCAAUAUACAUUGAUGGUAUUCCAGUGAUAAAAAACUAGACUGUCUUCAACUUUGAUACUGGCAAAUCCACUGUAUCAUGUGAUACACAGCAUCUAGUUUCCAGCUUGCAAAAAACAUAUUUUACCCAAUAUAUAUUUAUUUUUCCCUAAAAUCCUCAAUCCACAGGGGAGGCAGUAAAAGGGUAUUUUGUAUUUCUCAUUCGUUCCCUUUUACUUGUUUUGUCAAUUUUUAUUUUUAUUCAAAUUUUAUUUGAUGCGUAUACAUCGAUACAACAUUUGUGCUGUCACGUAACUGAUAUCAUACUGUCCGUACCUUGCCGUUUUGUCGGGGAUUUGUUUAAAUUAUGUUGCUGCAGUGCAGCAUUUUUUGCCUUGUCUUUUUUAAUAUAUGUAAAUAUUGACAACAUACUGAGUUGCAUUUUCAGCUCCCACAAUUUGAAUAAUUGUAUGUUGGUAGUUACAUUUUUUUAGGUUGAACAGAUUUUUUUUUUUUUGCCUACUUUUCCUUGCUUUGUUAAAACGUUGUGCAUGACCCGUGACACUGCAAUGCAAAAGUCUAUUGAGGAGCAGAGUUGGGUUUUCGAUUUACACUAGUGAUCUAAACCAUAGAAAGGGCUUCAGUCCAUCAGCACCCAAAAAAGGCUCAAGUAUAACUUGAGACUGGCAAAGCAUCAUGGGGGUUGUAGCCCUGUAACAAAUCUAGAUCUACUUUGCAACUGUCUGGUCUAGCUCUUAAUGUUAUACCUAAGAUUGUUCAAAUAGUCCCAUGAACAGUUCAAACGAAGGGCAUUAUUUUUGUGUUCUACUGCAAGAAAUUGCGAGCAAGUAUUUUGUGACUAUUGCAUAGAUCAGUGAUGGUUAACCUCGGCAACAGAGAUACAAUUUUUUUGUGCGACUCCAAAGUUUUGAAAAUGACCUAAAAUCAGUUGUGAGCAAUCCAAACAAAAAAGUAUAUUGCAGAAAGAAUAAUUUGUACAGUUUUAUACUUAUUGCUUGUUGUGAAAGCCCCCCUCUGCCUUUGUUUCUCGUGCACUGUAUUGCCAUUUAUGUAUUAAUACGUUUAAUUGAAGCAACUUUUUCUCAACUAUGUUUUCUUAAAGUCUAACUGAUUAGCACCAAUAAAAAUAUUUCACAAACACCUGGUAUGUCAAGUUUAGCCAUCACUUAUUUAGGUUAAAGUCUGGAUACCUGGAACCUUGACCAGGAGAUUUCUGCCUUCGAUGCUCAGUUGUUUGGACCCAAGAAACCUGAACUUGCCAAUUUCAGUUCAUGCUAUACUUCAGAGCCAGUUUAACUGAAUAUGGGUCAUUUACAAAAAACAAAAUGCUAUUAAUUGAACUCCUUCCCUCAGCUUAAUAUUAACUAUAACUACCAGCAAGGAUCAUUCAAUGGGCGUAGUUACAUUUACACGGUUUUUCACUAAAGUUAGAAUUUAACGUGAAUUUAAAAUUUAUGGCCAAAUAUUCACUAAUUCAGCUGCAUGCGCAGCUGAAUUAGUGACUAUUUAUGGUUUGGCUAUUGUAACCUUAAAUUUGAAAUUCAGUUUGAAUUCUAACUAUUCAAUAGCCCUGUUAGUGUUCUGGGGAUAUUAUUUAAAUUUGUUGCUGGAGUGUUGACUGGAAUGACAUUUUGUUCUUUGGCUACUAUGGUUCCUUGCCCACGUAUAUUAUCCUCAAUGUCGGAAAUUUCUGAUUGCUAAAUAGGAGUAUAAAGGUAGGCAUGUGAGAGCUGUCUGUGUAUAAAUGCUCAGUUUUUAACGUCUGUGGGGAUUGGUUAAAUCCCUGCAUAACUUAAACGCUUUGUUAAAAUUUGCAUCUUUUAUUGCUUUGUGUAAUUAAAACGUACAGGGUUACUUGUCUGAAAGCUGUGAUCUGAUUUGCCAGGUAACUUGCAAAUGGACAAUUAAGUCAUUGGAGACACUGUAAAUAAUUCAGAAAUUAAACUGUAUAUAUUUGAUAUGCUGGCUAAGAUUCUUAUAAUUGCCAUAUACAAAUCUUGAGCACGUUCAUUUGAAGGUUAUAUCUACAAUGCCCUCCAUUAAUAUUGGCACCCUUUGUAAAUAUGAGCAAUGAAGGCUGUGAAAAAUUAUUUGUUUAACCCUUUGAUAUUUUGUUCUGAUUCUAAUAAGAGUGAAGAAUAAACUCCAGAUCAAUAGAUAAAGUAAAAUACUCCCUCUUACACAGCUCUGGGAACACUGACACGCAGCAUUUACAUAUAGAAAGAAAUACAAAUUCAUAGUGUUGCAAAUAAAGCACCAAAUAAUGAAUACAGUAGUGGUUAACUGGUUAACCUAUUCACAUGAUACGGAGCCAUAUACAGACACUAUAUAAACAGCAGAAGGGUUCCUCCUUCUUUGGUUAAGCUAACUGCAGGAAAGCAGCAGAAACACGUACACCAAUGGUAUUUCUCCAGUAAAAAAAAUAAGCAGGAGCUUGUUUAGUCUCCUGAGGUAAGCAUUGCAAUGCGGGACUAAGCUCACUGGCUGAGAGCGAGUCCUAAGCAGGAACUUCUGGCUCUCCAGUGAUGGUAGUGGGAGCAGGGAUCAAUGGCCAGCAGAGCCCAAGUAAGAAGGCAAACGAACCUAAAAUGUUUUAACUACUUACAAUGGGGAGCACCAGGAUACACCUCUUUAAGGGGAUAGGAGAUAAGCUAUCCCCUCUAAAUUAUAAUUGGCACCUUUUUUAAUUCACUUUAGUAGGUAUGUAUUGGAUAAGCGAUGAUCAAAUAUUUAUUUUUGUAAUCUGUAAGAUGUACCCUAAAGUGUUCUUUAAUGCGUUUAGAAACCUGCAGAGUACUUUCUCACAAGCAAACGGUCUUCCGGCUCCCCAAGAAUAUGAUCAGUAUCACCUGAUCUAUUUAAUAUCUAUCAAAAUGUAAGCUUGUUUUAGGGGAGGCCAACACUUUUUCAGAUCCUCAAGAAAAAAAAAAAAAGGAAGGUUAAUGUGUCAUGCAUUAUAUGUGUAAUAAAAUAAAAACUAGCAGGGCAAAUCUGGCUGAAUUCUGACCAUUAUGUCAAUUCUCAGAUUAACAAGGUAAUUCCCUAAACUGCAGAUUUUGCACAGAUGGACAGAACCUGGUGAAAAUGGCCAAAGUCCAACCAGAAUGGCAAGUUUAAUGAUUACUAAAGCCAAGUCUGUGCUUUGUGCAUCCAAACAAUAUAAAAAUUAAAGAAUUUGGGGUUAGUAAAUUCUUUUACUUGCUUUUUGCAAGUGAACAAUAAUUUUAAGUUCUGUUUUUCCUGGUGGCAGCUCUUGCAGCCAGCGUUUGAUAGCCAGAAACAUGAGAUUAAAGGAAAACUAUAGUCACCAGAAUAACCAGUUUAACGUAGUUGUUAUGGUGAGUAUAAUGGCUCCCUUCAGGCAUUUUCAUACAAACACUGCCUUUUCAUUGCCUCUAGGGACACCUCCAAGUGGCAUCUCCUUAGAUGGCCACUGGAGGGGCUUACUGGCUCAGGGCUGCACAGUAAGCAGCCCUGCCGUUCAGCUUCCCCAUGCUCUGGAGGGAAACGUUGAAUUUUCAUCAGAAGUGCAUUGGUUCAAUGCAUCUCUAUGAAGAAGGCCUGAUUGGCCAAAACGGCAUUUGGCCCCCUAUGGGAAAGCAUUGGAUUGGCCAAAAAUCUGCCAUUUUAAUUUUGUCACAAAGGGGGUGGAGCCAGUGCCGGAAAUAAGGUAAAUUUUAAUUCCUUUUGAGAGGGCUAAGGGGAGCAAGCCACCUAAAUGGUGGGUUUAGCACUAUAGGCUCAGGAAUACAUGUUUGUGUUCCUGACCCUAUAGUGAUCCUUUAACCCCUUAAGGACCGAGGACGGUUCAGGACCGUCAUCGGCAUUUUUGCCUUGAGGACCGAUGACGGUCCUGAACCGUCUUAACGGUCAGAGCUACUUACCUGAUCGCCGUCGUUCCCCCGGCGGCGAUCAGCGUGGCUCCGGUUGUGGGGAGACUGCCUGCAGCCCAGACAGUCUCCCCACGGCAGAUUAGGACCCCUGUGGCCAUGUGAUCGCUUAACACAGCGAUCACAUGGUCACAAUAGGUGUCCAUGUGUCUGCCUGUGCUGACAGGCAGUCUCCCUGCUAGUGUAAAAUCAAAAAAUAAAAUAAAGUUAAUGUUAAUAAAAAAAUAAAUAAAUAAUUAUAUGUGUAUAUAUGAUAUAUAGACAUAUAUUAUAUCUAUAUAAUAUAUGUCUAUAUAUCAUAUAUAUAAUGCCAUACUAAGUGUAUUUUUAUAUUAAUAUGUACUUAUAUUAAUAUAAAAAUACACUUAUAAUUAAAUUACACACGUGUGUAUAUAUAUAAUAUAUAUAAUAACUAUAUAUAUUGUGUGUAUAUAUAUAUAUUAUUAUAAAAUAUAAAUAAGUAAUUUAAAUUAAAUAAUUUUUUUUAAAAUAAUAAAAAAAUUUAAAUUAUAUAGCUAUAUGAAAUUUUAUUCUAACUAUUUUAAAAUUAAUAUAUAUAUUUAUAUCAAAAUACACUUAGAAUGAAUUUGUAUAUAUAUCUAUGUAUAUAAAAAUAAAUAAAAAUAAUAAGAAAUAUACAUACGUCCAUAUACAAAAUUACAUAAAUAAUUAUAUAAAUAUACACGUAGACUUCAAAUAUAUAAAUAUGCAUAUAUAUUUAAAUUCUACGUGCGUAUUUAUGUAAUAUUUUUACAUAAUUCAGUAAUUUUAUUGAUUGCAAUUUGAGGGACCUGCCUGCCAACCCAGGCCGAAAUUCCAGAGAAUUUAAUUUGCUAGCAAUGUAUUUUACCCUGUAACGUUCUACGACACCCUAAAACCUGUACAUGGGGGGUACUGUUUUACUCGGGAGACUUCGCUGAACACAUAUUAGUGAUUCAAAACAGUAAAACAUAUCACAGCGAUGAUAUUGUCAGUGAAAGUUACUUUUUUUGCAUUUUUCACACACAAACAGCACUUUUACUGAUAUAAUUGUUGUGAUACGUUUUCCAGUUUUUAAACACUAAUAUUUGUGUUCAGCGAUGUCUCCCGAGUAAAACAGUACCCCCCAUGUACAGGUUUUAUAGCAUUUAUGAAAGUUACAAGGUCAAAUAUAUUGGUCAAAUAUUUUUACAUUGAAAAUGGCCAGGUUGGUUACGUUGCCUUUGAGAGCGUAUGGUAGCCCAGGAAUGAGAAUUACCCCCAUGUUGGCAUACCAUUUGCAAAAGAAGACAACCCAAGGUAUUGCAAAUGGGGUAUGUCCAGUCUUUUUUAGUAACCACUUGGUCACAAACACUGGCCAAAAUUAGCGUUCAAUUUAGUUUUUUUACUUUUUUCACACACAAACAAAUAUGAAUGCUUACUUUGGCCAGUGUUUUCGACUAAGUGGCUACUAAAAAAGACUGGACAUACCCCAUAUUGAAUACCCUGGGUUGUCUACUUUAAAAAAAAUAUGUACAUGUGGGGUGUUAUUCAGAGAUUUAUGACAGAUAAUAGUGUUACAAUGUCACUAUUGAUAAAUUUUAAAAAUGUAUGUUUUGAAACCGCAAUAUCCUACUUGUACCUAUAGCCCUAUAACAUGCAAAAAAAAGCAAAAAAGCACGUAAACACUAGGUAUUUUUAAACUCAGGACAAAAUUUUGAAUCUAUUUAGCAGUUUUUUUCAUUCGCUUUUGUAGAUGAGUAAAAGAUUUUUCAAGUAAAAGUCAAAAAACAUGUAUUUUUUUCAAUUUUUCAUCAUAUUUUUUUAUUUUUUUUAAAUUAAAAUACAUGAGAUUAUAUAAAUAAUGGUAUGUAAAGAAAGCCCCUUUUGUCCUGAAAAAAACAAUAUAUAAUUUGUAUGGGAACAGUAAAUGAGAAAGCGGAAAAUUACAGCCAAACACAAACACCACAAAAGUGUAAAAAUAUGCCUGGUCGCAAAUGUACAACAUCGCAAAAACAGUCCAGUCCUUAAGGGGUUAAAUGUAAAGGAAAUUUUUUUUAGCACAAGCUGCUAUGGCGGUAUAUAUAGUUAGGGUUACUAGACUUCUGUUUUUUUUUUUUUUUUUGUUUUUUUUUAUUCACGUGUCUCAGUUUUUGCUAUUGACAGGGGCCCUGCAGCUGCCCAAAUUGAAUUACAGAGCUGCUCUUGCUCCUGACUUGCCGGCGCAAGACGGCAGACCUCCAUGCACUGCUCCUAAGAUACAAGGGGUUUCAUGCCACAUCCCUUCUUCCUAACGAUGAACGGGUGACAAUGGGCCAGUCCAUGUUUUGUUUUGUGGAUAUUGCCAAUUGCCAGCCAGUUAGAGUGCACGCUGUGACGCUUUUUUACAUCACUGCAGAACGUCACCCCUCCCUUUAGUCCUAUGCCAGUGGUUCAGGAGAAGAAAGGAGCCAAGGAGGAGAGAAGACUGUCAGAAGAAGAAAAGGAGAUUGGAGUGGGAAGGACAACUUGGUAGACAAGUUUAGUGAUCCCUCCACUUCAUCCUGGACACCAAAUCGUGAGGCUUUAGUACCUUGAAGCUCAGUUUCGGAAGCUGCUGUUGGCUGACCAGGAGAUCUCGCGCAGGAGGCUGCUUUUGGGGUUAAACUCCUCAAAGGAAAGAGAGCGCCCAUGGGCCUGCUGACACCAUUAUUUCAUUUUUAUUAAGUUGUUAUCGUGACGAGAAUGUUCCUUUAAUUUGCAGUUUUCUGCCCACUUUUUACUCCUCUUAUUUCCAGCACUGUGCUGGUCUGGCUGCAACUCUACCUGCUUCGCCUCCUUAGCUUAUGGGUGUCCCAGUUUUUUAUUUCCAAAAUUUGGUCACCCUGGAUAAGACUCAUGGAGAGGCAGGAGGGGGGCUAAGAAACAUGAUGGACUGGGUGUGGAGAAUAUGAUUCAGGGGGGCAUGGCAAGACACGGAGGGGUGGAGUAAGGGGUAAAAUGGGGAAAAAGAUUCACUAAAUGGAUGGCAAGAUGCACAAAAAGGGAUUAGGCAUUCAUCAGAUGAGAAGUAGCACAAAGGGGGUGGUUAAGAGACACAGGUGAAGAUGCAUUUGGUGCUUGCAAUAUGCAUCUUUACCGGAGUUUACAUUUAUUGUAGUAUAAAAAUCUCAUGCGUGUAAAAAGAAAAAAAAGCACAAAGUAAAGUUUAAAAUCAGUGUUUGUAUCUGUGUGGCAGUGUUUGCUUCUAUGUGUGUCUGCAUCUCAAUGUGUGGCAGUGUUUGUAUCUAUCUGUAUGUGUGUCAGAGAUGCACAGACAGAUGCAAACACUGUGUGCUAGUGUUUGUAUCUGUAUGUCUGUGCAUCUGCAUAUGUAUCAGAUCAGACAAUGGCAACUUGCUUCUAUCGAAGUUUGGCAUUGGGUUUCUCAACCCUUUGCAUUACUAUGAUGCAUGACAUGGUGAAUAAGGGACAGAGUAUGGAUGUUAUUACAAUUAUGCGGACGCCCGUACUUCUCUAUAAGUUUUAUCAGUGUUAGGCAUCAGCAUUAUACUAGCGAUUUUUAAAGGCCUUAAGGGGGAAGUCAAAGUCCCACUAGAAUAAUGUUCUCUGACACGUGUAAACAUUGUUGUUUUACUAUAUAGAUUUGUGUGUGUGUGUGUUUGUUCUGCUUCCACAAGUGUAUUUUCACUGAGAAAUGUAUUCUUUGUUUUCUGGUGUCCGAAUGAAUGAACUGACCCCUCUGCAACACAGCAAGUGAUGGAAGAAUUAACAGAGAGCCAUCAGGCUAACAUGGUAUAUACCGCAAUCCUCAUUAUAACAUUUUAAACGGCAUACCUUUAGGCCAGCAGAGCAUCAUGGGAAAUGAAGUGCAAUGCCAAAGAUUUCUAUCACUUUCUUUAUAAGAAUUUAUAAAACAAUUAUCAAGUUUGUUACAAUCACUCCUAUUCUUCUUAUUUACAACUUUCAUGACAACUUUUUCAGACAAAUAGCUUUAUUGGGCUUGCAAGUUCUGUGCGAUGUCUGGAUUUGUCCAAAGUGAGUUUUUGAAAUGUCUCAUGUAGAGGUACAUUUUGUGUUAAAUGUUUGAAAAGUUGUAGAUCUGUAAAGCAUACAUUUUAAAGGAUUUCACGAUCUAUAUCUUUAUACGCUCUUGAUAUCUUUGUGCUUUUGUUAGAGAAAUUAAUGUAAAUGCAGAUUUUCAAGUAACACAACUGGUAGGAAUUGUCUCCCUCAAUUUUAAUGCAUUACACAGACAAUAAAAAAUAUGCAAAAAUGUCUUUAUUGGAGGAGAGGUAUUUUGAUGCAUGGCAGCUUAGCUUGAGCGCUCUGCACUCGAAGCCCAAAAACAAGCCCCUAACCUGCAACUCCCUCCAUUUCACAGAUACUUAACGCCCACCCUGCCUUUGCCGACAGCUAGGCAUUUGUCUCCUUCAAUGUCGAGCUGUAAAUCUCAAAAGAAACACCAUGGAAAAUGGCAUCUGUGGCUGACUUGCUUACAGUGCGCAGGCCUACUGCACAUGCCCUGCAGGGAGAGGAAAGUCAGACUUACUCAACCUCCCUCAGCUCUUUGGGUUCGACUUACCACCCUCUAGAAGAGUCCUCGGGUGUCAUUUUGAAAUCCCUGGCCGAAUGUCAAAGGCUUCUUGGAAGAUGAAAUAGCACGUUCAAGCGAUUUGUGUGCGCACGGAAGCCCUAUAAAGGCAGAUUGAAAACAUUGUAAUGGCACCACUAAUUUGACUAAUAUGUUGCUGACACAAAUUAUCUCUAACCGAUCAUGUCGAAAUAACCUACGGAUCAGGGACCUACCAGAGAGCCAGAGACUGAGAGCUAGAGGCCACCCUAAUGGACGGCUUUCAUACGAGCCUACCAGAUAUACCCAACCGUUUUUGCUCAAUCAACAUUCCACUGGACCUUGAAUGCCAGAGGCCCUUAAAACACCCCCCUUGCAGGAUGUUAUCGUGAGAUGGCAUUUAUUCUCCACAAAAAAGGGCUAAACCGUGGUGGCGGAGCCUAACGACCAAGAUGGCCGGCCGCGUUUUCUAGGAGCUCCAGCACCGGUGGGCUAAUAUACGCUAAUUCUGACUAAACUACUGACACUACUGGCUCACCAUGACUGGAGAGCGAUGAAGGAACAACCGGGGAGCAGGAUGAGACCUGUCCUUGACCGAAACGAUACAACACUGCCUGAACCGGCCAUGCGGCCUAAGCCAGAGCUGGGGGCACGCUCAUCAACAUGAACCAGAUGCAGCUCUGCUACCCCCACCCACCCUUUGGAUCGGUGGGGUCAUCCCGGUCUUCGCGGGGGAUGAUUACCCCCACAACACAACCUGCAACUCACCGGACUUGGGGUGCCCCUGUGGACGCUGCAGUGGGAGCUGCUCCAGCGGGGGAAAACAUGGCGGACGCCACGUGCAGCCCUGCACCCAGCACCACACAGAAUAGACCGCCUGCUGUAGGCUUUUUGGGCCAAACUCGCCCUACACAAAGAUACACGUGGAGAAUCUUCACCUGCAGGGACCCUACCAGAGCCAGCAAAGCUGUCAACAGCACCAAGACGGGGCCGCAGAACAGCCCGACUUGCGGGAAGGAGAGUGCGGGUGAUCCAACGGAAACCCACACACAGACGCCACUCACCCAGCAAUGCGGACUGCCCUGGUACCCUCAAGCACCAGCCCACCAAGAGGGAAGCCCAAGCUGGAUGCCAUGCAGAGGGACUCUAAGACCCCGCUGUAACACCCGGGUCAUGGGGGCUCACCAAGAGAAAGGCCUGGCAGGAGGACGCAGACGGACCCAGCUCUAGCAAGACUCCGCCAACAGCAAUUACCCUCUAUGCACCACAGGCAGGCUCCCAUGGCUUCACUUUCCCUUGACUAUUGCACAACCAUAACGACCCUGCUCUAGCAUGUAUAUACUUAACCCUACUCCUGUCUACCUAUAGUAAACCCUCCCUAUGCUGUAACUUUCUAACUGUUAGGCAAUAGCUUCCCAUAUUCGGCAUUAAGCCUUAAAGCAGUCUAGUCAAAUACUUCUAACAGCUAACAUAAACGAGCUCAGCGUAGCAUGUAUACCCAAUACAGUAUAAAACUCUAAGCAAUAUGUCUAUAAAUCCUAACGUGUUAUUAAUCCUGUUAUUAUUACUACUCAAUGAACCACAGUAGUGUAAGCUUUUACAGUAUUUGCAUGAUAGUAAUCCCAAACACAGAUGGUAUAUUACUGAACCCCACCUAAACAACGCAGAUACGUGUCUAGCCUGUAACGAAUUUCUUGCAUAGCUAUAUAAAUAUGCAUUCAUUUCGACUGCUAUGCUGAAACUAUACUAUGUAUGAUGUUAUAGCUUGUCGCUGCUGUCAUGGCAGAACAAGCUUGUUCUGUAACCUUCUGCACAACCCAAAAUAAAGAAUUUUUUUUUUUUUUUUUAAAAGGGCUACGGCUCUAAACCUUCGGGGCUUCUAUCUUCAUCCCACCCCAAGAUUUAUCUAUGCGACCUGGGAAUAGAAGUACCAGAGGAUUUUCAUUUUAGAGGACUUUUACCCAGAGAAUGGAUGGAGUGUUGGCCUCAACCCUCCUUCAAGGGUUCAGAGUGGUGUUAUGAGUCAAAUUACACAGCGUGGGAAAAUUCCAAAGAACUUUUCCACGCUGUGUAAAAUGACACAGAGCACUCUGAUUGGCUGGAUUUCAAGCUAACCAAUCAGAGUGAUGUGGCAGGUAAAUGUAGAGACUUACCUUUCAGUCUCUUCAUUUACCUGUCAGAGCACUCUGAUUGGAUGGCCUAAUCCAACCAACCAGAGUGCUCUGAGCCUAAUUGCAGGGCGGGGCAAGGCUUUAUAAGCCUUCCCCCGCCCUGCAGAGGUCAGUCUGCGCGGAGCCCUCCAUGGUUGAAGAUGGAUUUUUUUUUUUGUCUCAAAGUACGACGGUUAUUAUGGAUUUUUAUUUGGCCCUUUUUGGGGCUGAAAAAAGAUUUUAGAAGAAAGAAAACAUCAAAUGGUAAGGUUUUUUUUUUUGUUUUUUUUUUUCAGGUACCUAGUUAAUGGUCCCCCCUCAUUAAUUUUAGGGUGAGGGGGGUAGGUAGGGCUAAAUAAUUUAUUGGGGAGGGGGGUGACUAGGGGUUUGGGGACCCCUAGUCACCUGAGGGUGUAUAUUUUUAUUUAGGGCCCCCACCCACCGUUCAGGGGGUAGGGUUCUGGGGGGAGGACAAUCGGUCCCCCCCCUUGAAGUAAUUUAGGGCCCCCACCAACCGCUCAGGGGUGGGGGCCAGGAGGAAGAUAAUAGGUCCCCCCCUUAUUCUAAUAAGGGGGUGGGGGCCAGGGGGAGGACAAUAGGUGUCCCCCCUUGAAGUAAUUUAGAGCCCCCUCCCACCACCCAGGGGGGAGGACAAUAGUUCCCCCCCCCCUUUUUACUUUAGGGCCCCCACUUGUGCAGCACGGGAGGGCCCCCCCCCCUUUUUUUUUCUUUUUUUAAACUGUGGCUGCUCACUGUUUAAUAGACAUGCCCCUACUCACAGUAUAGUGAGUAGGGGCAAAAUUUACUAAUACGAAGUAAUUUUUACUUAGUAUUAGUAAAUUUGGCUGAAAAACCAAUUUAGGUCUUUCAGCCUUUUGGUAGAUAACUCCCUAAUACUGUGGGAAUUAGGGAGUUAUCUAUUAAGCGGCUGCAAGAGAAGUCCCAACAUUCCGAAGUCCCGAAUUUCGGAAUGCUGAACCGAAAUUUUUUCCCAUGCACAUCCCUAUCCACUACAGUUGUCUCUACCACCUAACACUUUGGUUCCAGAACUAGCAAGUUACUUCCCAUCCCACAGUGAUAUAAGAUGGUAGAUCACGCUAUUAUUUCUCAUACCGAACUCCACAAAUGUGGCAUUACCUUCAAUAUAGAAAAUAUUUAAUCCGACACUUUCCUGAUAUUGCUCAAAAACAUAUACUUUGGCCUACCACAAUAGUAUUUUUACUUGAUAACUAAAGUGUUUAGGUGUGCCCUUAUAUUGUUUAGGUUUCUUCCCCUCCUCCUAUCGUUAAUUGACAAUUACACUACACAUUUAGGUUUAAACCACGUCAUCGAAUUCUUUAAUUUGUUUAAUUUAUUUUAAAAUAUAAAAAAAACUUGUCAAGUCAUUGUUUAGCCAGUUUUGUGCAACAUCCCUUCCUUACCUCUAGGUGGCAUGCACACAUAACAGUUAUAUGGAGCAGAUGUAAUCUCUGUGUCUCAUUCAAGUCACUAAAGUCAGGGUUGUAAGAUCUGCACAGUUUGUAAAUAUACACGAUACAAGAUAUUUAUUGCAUGACAUACACAAUAACACUCAGUUUGCUCUGGUUUUGUAAUAUGCUGAAGGGAAGUAAUUGUGCAAUGAAUGAAAAAUCCCAUCUACCUUCCUGUGGAAAAAAGUUUUGUGAAAAUUAUUACUUUUAGGGGUCCAUACCCGAAGAUGGCAUCUCCACUUCCACUGAGAUCGUACAGAGCUCCAGCUACUGGGAGUUAUAAAUACAUUGGCACUACCAUCCUCUUUCUUCUGCUCUUUGUGCUUCAUUUGCCAGGAGCCGAAUGACUGUUUCACUGUUGCGCGUGCAUGCGUGCGUCACUUGUGUAUGCUUCCUGUAUGAAUUGUGGUGGUCCAACCACACCAAUGAAUGCACAAAAUACAUAACAGCAACCAGACUUUAAAAUAAAAUGUUAAACUUAUUUAUGCUCCCAUGUAUGGGUAUUAAAAUUAAUUCAGCAACAUGCAAAGUGACAAGAUGGCAGUUCACGUGUUUUGCACUCUUGUUUUUUAAGCUCCACUAUUAGUGCAAAGCCAGUGGUAACACAUCUAUUUAUUAUCCCUGCUAGAGGGUACAAUAUAUCUCCGUUAUAACAAUGUAUUUUUUAAAAACUUAGUAGGAGCCAAUAUUUAUCUAACGUUCUGAUAGAUCAAUUUGCAAUUAUAACAGCAAAACACAGAGAGCCGACAUCGUUGAUGCACAAGGGGAGCGAAGGCUAGCCUGUCUGGUAUGAUCACACAGAAGAGUUACUGUAGCUAAAAUUGCUGAAAAAUUUAAUGAUGGCCAUGAUAGAAAGGUGUCAGAACACACAGUGCAUUGCAGUUUGCUGCAUAUGAGGCUGCAUAGCCCAGGGUUUGAAAAAUUGCUUGGAAUCUAGGAGCCAGUUAAAAAAAAAGUUAGGAGCCAUGUUUUUUUUGUUUUUUUUAAACUAACAGUUUAAUUUUUAAUUACAAAAAUAAAAUUCUUCAAGGGAUGCUAUAAUCACCAGAACCAUUACAGCUUCAUGUAGUGGUUCUAAUGUCCAGAUCCUGUCUCUGUAGGUUUUACAAGGUAAACCCUGCCUAGUAACACCUCUAGUGACAGCCAUUCAAACGGCCUCUAGAGGUAAUUCCUAGUCCAGUGCUGCACAGUGUGCAGCAUCACGCUCUGCGUGGAGGCACAAAAUGUUCUCCAUAGAGGUGCAUUGAUUCAAUGCAUCUCUGUUAAGAGAUGCUGAUUGGUGCAGGAUGGCAUUUUGCUGCGCAAACGCAAUAAUCUCCCAGUGCUUUCCUAUGGGAAAGCAUUGACUUAGCUGAGAUCAUAAAUAUUGAUUAUCUCAGCCAUGGCAAUAUAAGAACACAUGGUCAAAAAAGGUGAGUUAAAACACAUUUCUCAUGCGAUUCAAAGGGGGGCUCAUCACCUAAACAGACACACUCACUGGAGUAAGUGAUAUUUUAAAAAUGUGUUCAUUUGUUUUUAUUGUUGUUCCCGGUUGGAGUAAACUCGGUCCUUUUUUAAAAAAAAAUAAUUUAAUCCCCGAUAGGGAUUUUAGUUGAUGCUGUAGACAUCUUGUUGCAACUGAGCCUAAUACACCUAUGUUGCUUGAUUCCUAUAUUUAUGCUAUAAUGCUUUUGUGACAUCUGAAACAUUACGUGCAACAAAAUUCUUAUCUAACUAUUCGUUGUUUUAUUUUUAUUCUUUUUCACUGCUUCAAUUAUUAUUAAUCAGUUUUCUUUCAGUCGUUUCCUUUUUACUCCUAGAUGUUUAAAUGAUCUCAAUCCUCCUUCGGGCUACAAGAUAGAAAACGACAGGCUUUUCUUCCUGCAAAAUCAAGGUCAGUGA